UAGUUAAUCCCCAUUCAUUCACGAACGCGAUACUCCUUCCUCCCUCCCUCAUUCCAUUCUCUCUCUCUCUGUGAAUAAAUAAAUAAAUAGGGUUUCUUCUAACUCUCUGUUUCAACAUUUCACUCCUUCAUCGAUUCUUCAUUGUUUCAUCGUUUUUUUCUUUUCUUUUCUUUUUCUCGUUCGCGAAGAUGCCUCCUCGUUCCAAAAGAAAACCGGCCCCACCACUCACUUCUUCUGACGUCGAUUCUUCUAUUCGUACCACCGAACCAAAGGCUAAGAGAACAACUUCAAAGCAAUUUGAACGAAUAGAUAAUAUGUUUGCUUCAUACUCAAAUAAAGAAUUGGGAAUCAUUGACCCAGAUGGGAUUGAAGCACUUUGUAAAGAUGUUAAGGUGGACCAUACUGAUGUUAGAAUCUUAAUACUUGCUUGGAAAAUGCAAGCGGAAAAGCAGGGUUAUUUUACUCAGGAUGAAUGGCGAAGAGGUCUCAAAUGUUUAGGGGCAGACACACUCCCAAAAUUAAAAAAAGCAAUAAAUGGACUGAAGAAAGAGGUGACGGCUCCAGAGUCCUUUGAGGAUUUUUAUUCCUACGCAUUUCAAUACUGCCUCACAGAGGAUAAGCAAAGGAGCAUAGAUAUUGAGACCUUAUGUGUGCUGUUUAAUCUUGUUCUGGGAUCUGAAUUCCCUUCUCAAGUCAAUUUACUAAUAGAGUAUCUAAAGAUCCAGAAUGACUACAGAGCGCUAAACAUGGAUCACUGGAGAAAUUUUUAUCGGUUUUUUAAAGAGGUAAGCUUUACUGACCUUGAAAGCUAUGAUUCCAGUCAAGCCUGGCCAGUGAUCAUUGACAAUUUUGUUGAAUGGUUGAAAGAAAAUGAAAAGAAAAUAUAGUUAUCACCUCACCUCCCUGAAGUUCCAGUUCGACUUUACUCAAACUCUGAACCAGAAUACAUUUUGAAGCGGAUUAACAAUUGUAUAUGGCUGUUCUGAGCAAUCUGUUUGGAGUUUUCUGCAAAUAUUAUGAUUAAUCAUAUGUAACAACACCUCAAUAUAGUGUCAACUGUCAAAGCUAUGUCGAUUCUUGAGUUUUACUUGUUUUUAUGCAAUUUUGUUUCGACGCCUAAAAUAUAGUGUCAACUGUCAAAGAUAUCUUGAUUUUUUGAGUUUUACAGGCUGGAGAUAUUGUUUAGGCAAUUUUGUUUCCUAGUGCCAUUUUUUUACAUCUUUUGUUCUGUAUGUUAACCAUUUCUGCAAUCACCUUAAAAAAGAUAAACCCUUUCUGUAA